AUGCGUCGCACAAUUCAAGCUACUGCUAUCAUCCUCACACUAGUAUCCCCGUCUCUAGCGCUAUGGCCUCAACCUACUAGUAUCCAAACCGGUUCAUCCGCUCUUAUUCUCUCUCCGAACUUCACGUUCACCCUCGAUUCCUCACUCAGCGCCUCCGCACCGUCGGAUCUUAGCGAUGCCCUUUCACGCACUUCGACCCAUCUCUACACCGAUAAACUCGAACGACUCGUCGUAGGCCGUGGUUCCGCCGAUUUCAACAUCACAUCCACCGCACCGACCCUCUCCUCCCUCACCCUCAGUCUCACAACCACGGAUAGCGAUGACGCGAAUGGUACGAUUCUAAGUAUCGCGCAGGAGGCACAGAAGAAUUUGGGAGAUAGGGACGAGGGAUAUAGUUUGAGUAUUCCUGCGGACGGAACAGAUGCGGUUUUGAGUGCGAAUACGACGUUGGGGUUGUUCAGGGGCUUGACGACGUUUGAGCAGAUGUGGUAUACGAUGGACGAUGGGGAGGUUUAUGCGCUGGGCGUUCCGGUGACGAUUGAGGAUGCGCCGGUUUAUCCGUUCAGGGGGUUCAUGCUGGAUACUUCAAGGAAUUACUUCGCGGUCGACGACAUCCUGAGAACUUUGGAUGCUAUGAGCAUGGUCAAACUCAACACCUUCCACUGGCAUGUCACCGACAGCCAGAGCUUCCCCCUCGUGGUCCCCGGUUUCGAAGAAAUAUCUCAGAAAGGCGCCUAUUCAAGUUCAUCGGUGUACACUGCGGAUGACGUAGCGAACAUUGUUUCUUACGCCGGAGCGCGUGGUAUCGAUGUUUUGGUGGAAAUCGACACUCCAGGUCAUACCGCCAUCAUCUCGGAAUCUCACCCUGAGCACGUAGCGUGCCCACAGGCCACGCCUUGGGGCUCCUACGCUAACGAACCCCCCGCAGGCCAACUCCGCCUCACCUCCCCAGACACAACCUCCUUCACAUCCUCCCUCCUCCUCUCCGUCUCUUCCAUGUUCCCAUCUACGCUCAUGUCCACAGGCGGCGACGAAGUCAAUAUGAACUGUUAUGCGGCAGACGAGGAGACGCAGGUUUGGUUGAAUGAGACGGGGAAGAGUAUUGCGGAGGCGUUGAGUGAGUUUGUGUUGGAUACGCAUGAGGUGCUGAGGAAUGGGAGUGGGAGUGAGGAGGUGAAUGGGAAGGUGGUUGGGGGGAAGACGCCGGUUGUUUGGGAAGAGAUGGUAUUGAACUAUAACGUCCCCCUGCCCAACGAUACCGUCAUCAUGGUCUGGAUCUCCUCCGCCAAUGCGGCUGCCGUUGCAGCGAAAGGCUAUAACUUCGUCCACGCAGCAUCAGACUACUUCUACCUCGAUUGUGGCGCAGGAGAAUGGAUAGGCGACAAACCGACGGGAAAUAGCUGGUGUGAUCCGUUCAAGACGUGGCAGAAGUCCUACUCGUUCGACCCGACUGCGAAUCUUACAACAGAAGAGGCUGCACUCGUACUCGGCGGCGAACAUCUCAUCUGGGCCGAACAAUCCUCCCCCACGAACCUCGACUCCAUCGUCUGGCCGCGCUCCGCCGCCGGCGCCGAGAUCUUCUGGUCCGGGCCCGUCAACACGACCACUACCGAAAUUAGUGGCACGUCCGCAGAUGGCAGGAACGUGAGCAAUGCGCUGCCGAGGCUGCAUGAUUUGAGGUUUAGGAUGGUGCAGAGGGGGAUCGGGGCGAUUGCGUUGCAGCCGGAGUGGUGUGCGUUGAGGCCGGAGGCUUGUGAUUGGAGUGCUUGAGGGCGGGGCGGGAAGAUGGAGAGGUGUUAAUGUCGAAAAGUUGAGCUGGAUUGGCACUUUGUGUACCAUUGUGCGAUGUCCAGAGAUACAAAGAGCCG